CCGAGCCCAGCCUCCUCCCAGCCUUCCCCACCCUCCCUCCCGCCACCAGCGCUGCCGUCCCUGCUGGGCAGCCCGCGGGGAAGGAAGAAAGGAGCCAAGGAGGCGGAGGAUGGACCCACAGCCGCCUCCGCCCGCCCGGGGCAGUCCGCCUCCGCGGGGUCGCGGCCGGGCCCGGGGCCGGGGGGGCCGCGGGCGGGGGCGCGGGCGCGGGCGGGGGGGCGCGGGCGCCGCUCGAGCCCCGCUGCCCUGCCCGACGUGCGGCCGCCUCUUCCGCUUCCCCUACUACCUGUCGCGGCACCGGCUGAGCCACUCGGGGCUGCGGCCUCACGCCUGCCCGCUGUGCCCCAAGGCCUUCCGCCGGCCGGCGCACCUGUCCCGCCACCUGCGCGGCCACGGCCCGCAGCCCCCGCUGCGCUGCGCCGCCUGCCCCCGCACCUUCCCCGAGCCCGCGCAGCUGCGGCGCCACCUGGCGCAGGAGCACGCGGGCGGCGAGCUGGAGCGGGAGCGGGAGCCGGAGCCGGAGCGGGAGCCGGAGCGGGAGCCGGAGUCGCCGGGGCCCGACGCCGAGCAGGCCGCCGAGGAGGAGGAAGAGGGGGAGCGGGAGCGGGAGCCCCAGCCCGAGCCGUCGGCGCCCCCGGGGCCGGGCGAGCCGGAGGCGGCCGAGCUGUGCGCCGAGCUGGCGCUGGCGGCCGGGCGGCAGGAGGAGAAGCAGGUGCUGCUGCAGGCCGACUGGACGCUGUUGUGCCUGCGCUGCCGCGAGGCCUUCGCCACCAAGGGCGAGCUCAAGGCGCACCCCUGCCUGCGCCCCGACGGCGACCCCGACGGCCAGGCCGGGCCCCCGCCGCGCCCCAAGCGCCACCAGUGCUCCAUCUGCCUCAAGGCCUUCGCGCGGCCCUGGUCGCUGUCCCGCCACCGGCUGGUGCACUCCCCCGACCGGCCGUUCGUGUGCCCGGACUGCGGCCUGGCCUUCCGCCUGGCCUCCUACCUGCGGCAGCACCGCCGCGUGCACGGCGCGCUCAGCCUGCUGGCCCCGCAACCCGCGCCCGCGCCGCGCAGCAGGGACGAGCGGGAGCCCGAGCGCGCCGCCGCCGCCGCCGCCGCCGCUUCCGGCACGUGGACGGCGGGGAAGGGCCCCGACGGCGGCGGGGGCGGGGGCGCGGGCGCGGGCGCGGGCGCGGGAGAGGCCGCACAGGCGCGCGCCCCGGCCGGCGAGCCGCGCUUCUGGUGCCCCGAGUGCGGCAAGGGCUUCCGGCGGCGCGCGCACCUGCGGCAGCACGGCGUCACGCACUCGGGCGCGCGCCCCUUCCAGUGCGUGCGCUGCCAGCGCGAGUUCAAGCGCCUGGCCGACCUGGCGCGCCACGCGCAGGUGCACGCGGGCGGCCCCGCGCCCCACCCCUGCCCGCGCUGCCCGCGCCGCUUCUCGCGAGCCUACAGCCUCCUGCGCCACCAGCGCUGCCACCGCGCCGAGCUGGAGCGCGCCGCCGCCGCCGCCGCGCUGCAGGCCCCGGGCCCGGCCGCCUCGCCCCCGUCCCCAUCCCCGCCGCCGCCCCCGCCCCCGCCCGCCGGCCCCGACGCCCCCGAGCUCCCGCCCGGCCCCGCGCGCGUCAAGGAGGAGCCGCCGUCGCCCGGGAGCCCGCCGCCGCCGCCGCCCGCGCCCGUCUUCCUCAGCGCCUCCUGCUUCGACAGCCAGGACCACUCGGCCUUCGAGAUGGACGGCGACGAGCCGGACAGCAAGGCGGCCCUGCGCGGGCUGGGGGGCCCCUCCUGACGCGGCCCGACCCGGCCGGCCGGACCCCCCCCCCCCCCCCCCGACGCACACACUCUGGACGCCUCUCCCAGCCGGCGCCCCACCCCCACCCCGUCUGUCUGUGUGUCGGUCUGUCUGUGAAUAAAUGUGACCCGUGAGCCGGCGA